AUGUGGCUUCUAUAUCUCGAGGCCUGUCGGUCAGCAACAGAAAACCAACUAGCCGAUACCACACCCGCAACAGCAGAAGAGGAGUUACUCGAAACUUCAGACGGGCCUUUGAUAGCAGAACAAGAAGAAGCAUUGACCCAUAUUCCAAGCGCACCUUCGUCACCGAUACAAGUACCACCCGAGCCAUCAACAAACCUCCGUCGAGCAGAAGAGGAGUUACUCGAAACUUCAGACGGGCCUUUGAUAGCAGAACAAGAAGAAGCAUUGACCCAUAUUCCAAGCGCACCUUCGUCAUCGAUACAAGUAUUCCACGAGGCAUCAACAAACCUCAGUCGGCGAAACACCGGUAGCGUAAGCCAAACCUCGGUAAUAUUCGACGGGAGACAAAACAGCUAUCCAAACAGACUUCAAACUGCGCCCGGAGAUCACGCAGUCCAUAAUGAGUCGCCACAAACAGCUUUGAGGGAACCCCCAAAUCCAGCACCAGAAUCGUUGAACUCACGGGCCGGAUCCACUACGGCAUCACCGGCUGGACAUGACUUUGCUGAUGGAGACGAAGACUUGAUCCAGGGAAGCCAACCAGACAUGAUUGCUACCGUUUCUCACCAACCUCCAACUGCCCCUGAGCUCAUUACCAAUCUGACCGGUAGCGAAGCAGAGAGAUGCAGGGAAAGAGUGAUAGAUGAGGUAUUCUCGUGGGACGGUUGUUCGCUGAACAAAGAGAGUAUCAGACAACGGUUGCUCUUCCAGGUUGAUGAGAAUGGAAUACCCCUCAACAGACCACCCCGUGGAGAAAUUGAUGAGGAACGCGCAAAAUUGGAAUACUUCAGUAUCAAAGGCAAGAUUUUCGGUCCUCAACCCUUUCAAGUUUAUGGCCUACCCGAUUUAUUCAACCACGAUCUUCUGAAAUGCUGGAUAUACCUAAACCAGCAUCGACUAUCUGCUUUGUGGCCAACAGGUUAUACACCCGAAUAUGCGACGCUUGCCGGCGGAUGGGGUGACGUCGAAUUGCCCGAAAACAUGGUGAGGAGGUUUGACGAUGAUGAGAUGUCUGUCAUGACUGCAUCGACCAUCGAUUGA